CAACAGAGAAGUUAGAUACUGGACAGAUGGGGCGCUCCUCUAAAGAUAAACGAGAUAUUUACUAUAGACUUGCUAAGGAGGAUGGCUGGAGGGCUAGAAGUGCAUUUAAAUUGUUACAACUUAACGAUGACUUUGAUCUGUUUAAUGGUGUAAGUCGAGUCGUGGAUUUGUGUGCGGCACCGGGGAGCUGGAGUCAAGUACUUAGCAGAAAAUUGAUCGAAGAACGUCCAGAAAACAAAGACAAAGUAAAAAUUGUGGCCGUCGAUCUACAAGCCAUGGCUCCUCUUCCCGGAGUUACUCAGAUACAGGGUGACAUCACUAAAAUUUCAACUGCUCAUGAGAUAAUCAGCCACUUUGAAGGAGAGGAAGCUGACUUGGUGAUAUCUGAUGGCGCUCCAGAUGUUACUGGUCUCCAUGAUAUUGAUGAGUACAUUCAAGGACAGCUCUUAAUUGCUGCACUCAACAUUACCACUCAUCUACUCAAGAAUGGGGGAGUUUUUGUGGCAAAAAUUUUCAGAGGAAAAGAUGUUGAUAUUCUUUACAACCAGUUAAAGGUGUUCUUCUCUACUGUAACAAUAUGUAAGCCACGAAGCAGUCGAAAUUCAAGCAUUGAAUCUUUUGUCGUGUGUCAGAAUUAUUCUCCUCCAGCUGGUUAUGUGCCGACAAUGUGCAAUCCUCUCCUUGUUGACCCAAACCAGUUCAAAAGUCUUGAAGGAGUAAACAGGAUUGUUGUUCCUUUCAUGGCCUGUGGUGACCUAAGUGGUUAUGAUUCAGACCAAACAUAUCCACUUACGACUUCCAUUGGAGGGAAAGAAUAUCAAACACUGUCACCCAUCCAGGAACCAAUAAAUCCUCCUUACCAAACUGCAUGUCUUCUGAAAAAAACCAAUGGUCUAGCUUCUUCUGACAAAACUGAACAACCACAGAGUAGAGACUUGUAAGAUUUGUAACGCAAUCUACAGUAUUUCUUGUUCUUCUAUAAUGAUAUUGUAAUGUGCACGUUAUCACUUACUCGCAACUUGUAAAGAAAGUACACGAAAUAGAAACAGAGUUGUAGAAUUUCAGUGAGAGGAAUGUGUUGCUCAAUCCACAGAUACCCCAAGCUGACACAUUGAACCUUCGUAAAUAUGCAAACAUGUUUACGUUGCACAAUGGACAAAAUAUAAGGAUUUGUAGGGAAUAAAUGGCUCAACUGAACUCUCAACUUAAAAAUCUGAACAACAUUGUCGUUUUUCACCCCAACGAUUGUUCCUAUGCAUCAUGUGAGAUUUUGGGGCUGAUUACCGCUAGGUCUGUUUAGAUCAGUUUUAGUUCAUCUGCUUUGCCCUCUAUAUGAUUUCUCUUUCAUAGAUAAAUUAGGUCUUUUUUUUUGCUCGCUAUUUAGCUAUAUUUUCGUCUGAAUCUUUUGAAAGUUAAUGCUCUUUAUUUUUUUAAAAUGAAAACAUGUUAAGUUUCUCAAAGUUUCCCACCUCAAUUCACCCAUCUAUAAAACAUUUCAACAGAGCCAUUCAUCUGUGUGUCUACCAGGUCUUAUAUGUUCAGAGCUGUAGGAAAGUUUUGUAUUAGGUAGGCCACUUUUUCCAUCUUCUGUUGAAAAAUUGAAGGAUAGCCCAACCAGCGGGGCCAGUUUAGGACAAAAUUACAGUAAUUUGCUAGCCAAUCUACUAGCGUGUUGGGUAGGUAUCGAUUAUAUUCCCGCUGGGUACGUUCGUUAUAGAAACAAACAACGCUUUUAGAAUCGUUGCUCAAACAUAUUUCAAUUCUGAUCAUAUUUAUUUCUCCAAAACCGUAGCAGAAUUAGAUACAAGAUGAAAAGUAAAGUAAAAGAUCUAAAAUUUUUGAGAAAAGGAAACGUUCGAUACAAAAUUAAACCACUUGAAUUAAGUCACAUUGUCCAUAAGAAGGAGAGGAGAGGGGCGCGUCUAGUUAAACUAAUAUUGUGCCCCUUAAAUUACGCCUGUAUAACAAAAAAAAAA